GGAUAGAUGAAACUACAACGAACAUGCAAACAGUUUAACUAUGCAAAUUCAAAUUGAGACCAAUGCAAAGGACUACCAGUAAUUUCGGUCAAUCUCUAGAAAACUCGCGUGCCUUCAUCUAUGUUGGCAAACAGAUCACUUCAUUUAAGAGACGACGCUGCGAGACCUUGACCAAGAAAUCACAGAAAGCCUUACAAAGAUGUAUCGUGCUUUUUGGGACACAGUAUUUCUUCUCACCGGCUCCCUUUUUACUUAUGGGCAGGUCCAAGAAAAUUCUAGCUCAACGACAACCAUUGCAAUCACCACCACAACAACUACCACCAGCAGCACAACAACCACCACCAGCACAACCACAACAACAACUACUACACGGGUCAAAAAAUUUAUAGCAGCCGCUUUCCACUCUCACUUUGAUGACUGUCCCGACUCCCACAGCCAAUUCUGCUUCCACGGCACAUGCCGCUUUCUCAUCCUGGAAGAGACACCUGCGUGUGUGUGUCACCCUGGCUUUGUGGGUAUGCGCUGCGAACAUGCAGACCUUUUGGCAGUGGUGGCAUCUAACCACAGGCAGCAGACUGUGGCCACCAUGCUGGUGCUGUGUGUGGUGGGCAGUGUUCUAAUCAUGCUGCUCUGCACUCUUCUAAAUUGUUGGUGGAAGCGGGGUGGUUUUGGGCGAGGUAACCCUAUUGCGUGUUGGUCGGAGAAGCCUAGAAAUAUUCUGACGAGUGGAACGUCCUGCUGUCACUCAGAAACAGUGGUUUGACACAUGUUUUCUGGAGCUUACACGGAUACUCUCUCAUUUGUUUCCUGAGACCUAAAAAUCUUCCACCUUAACGCUGGACUACACCUUGGCAGCAUUCCUUGGCACAGCUGGUAAGCGCAACACAUAUAGAGAGCAUUUCGAUGUGGGCAAUGGGAGAACCCAACCAAAAGUGGAACUUUUAUGUUCAGACAGACUUGUCAUUCCAAAAAGUGUUUUUUUUUUUUUUUUGAACCACAACAUCAAUGACAAGAACUAAAAAAAGAUGGAACUCCAAAACUCAGAACUCUGAAAGAAGAACUCAGUAUAAGCAUGGAACUCGACUACACAACACAACAACAUGGUUGUGCCAUUUUACUCCUAAUGGAAGUGGUUCAACGGACUACAGCAUGUGAAUUCAUUCAGGAUCCAGUGAUGUAGAAACAGGCCCAUUUGAAAAAGAAAAGGCCUGGAAUGGCUGAUCUUGAAGUGAAAAUAUCAGAGAGAAUUCAGGUUUUAAAGAAAACAGUCUUACUAACAGAGUUUGAACCUACUCUAAAGAUAAAGCUCAACAUAUCCUUCAAGAUGUAUAAGACACCUCAAAAUUCUCCCAUUUUUGUCUUUUUAAUAUAUCAUAAUUAUAAAAAAAACAAAACACUUAAAAUAUGCCAUUAAUGGGAUGUGAAACUCACUAAAAGUAGUUCAAGAGAAAUUUUAACAGGAAUAUAUUAAUCACAUUAUUUAUCACGUUAUGGAUAAACAAUGGGAGAUUAUUCCAAGACUUUUGUUAAAAUUAUUGUCUUUAAUGUAAUUUGAGUAUUUAGGUCAGCCAUGUAGCAUGCCUUUGCCAGUUUCUUUUAACUUGAUCUCCUUAUAAUAACGAUAAAGAAUUGUGAUUUUCAGAGAUUAACAGCAAACGACAGAGACUAUGGAUGGCUUUCAGGGACAAGUAAUAUCCUUUCUAUAACACUUUUACCUGAAUGGAAUUCAGUUUAUAUAUAUAUUUUUUUUUAUCCAUUAUGACAUGGAACUUGUUAAGUUAUGCAAAUACUCACAAAUCCCACAAAAGCUUCAUGCACAAAGUGUUUAAUCACAGCAGAUGGCAUUGUUGUAAGGUUUAUAUCAUUGUAACCUGUAAAUGAUUUGUAAAUGGAGCCUCUGUAUGUGCACUAUAUACUGUAUAGUAGCACACAUAUGCAACACGUGAUUAUAAUAUAAUCCACAUCUGCAUCUACAUAUUCACAAUAGAAAGAUUAGAUGCAAACAUGUUUGAUCACAAAUUAAUUCACAUAUUUCACUGUGCACCUUUUGAAUACACAUGCAAAACACUGUUAAUACAAUCACAUUUAAAUAUGUAAUGUGCAAUAAUAGACUUUCAAUGAGCAAAUGCUUGCACAGGCAUGGCAUGCUAUUUAUAUGUAGAUUAUUUGCAUAAAGAUCCUUAUAAAGCGCAUGUUUAAUCACUCAUGGUUCUUGAGGAAUUAAACACUUCACAGUACUUUUAAAGCGCGUGAUUCACUAUUAUCAAAAUGACACCGUGCACGUAAUGUUUCACGGCCUAGGGGCACGCAUGCCCAUACAGAGGCUCAAAUAUGUUGUACAAUUACAAGCGAUCAUAAUGGAUAUUAUAUUCAAUUUGAUGCAUAUUAUCCUUAUCAACUUACAAAGUAUUAUUCAAGAUAUAAGAAAGCUUUUACACUGAAUACUUUUUAAAUGUAUUAAGUUUAUUCUUGUUGUCUUAUCUGUCCCCAAGGUUUUUGUCAAUUAUCUCGUGUUAUAAAGCAAAAGACGUUUGACCCCUUUGGAAGGUUUUUCCCAGAAUAGGGUCAAAGAUAUUUAUAAAUCAUUACUAUUUGUACAUUCUUUAACAACUGCAGAGUUGUUAAAUGAGAUGUUAGUUCCAGAAGAAAAUAUGCCACUCAAAUCAAAACACUUUUUAGAAGCUGACAUAUGACUGGUCAAGGAGAGGAAAUGUAAAUAAUAUUUCAGUCUUCUUAGAUUUGGCCAUGAUCUAGUAUCAGAGCAUGCAGCCAAGUGUUAAAGUUUGAUCACUGUAUGUAGUUUCAUAAGAAUUUUAUGGAAUAAUCCCAAAAGCCCCAGUAGGUGAAAGGGAAUUCAUCCAAGAGACUAAUCAAAGAAAUAACUUCGAUGGUUGGUUAGCAUGGGCAACAUCCAUGAGUUAUAUUCUAUGUGAUUUAAACUGAAAGGCUGUCUGAAAGCACAGAUUGAAAUGUAUUUUUCAGUGUUUUCUAUCAUUAUUUAUCUAUAUGGCUGAUCCUGGUAAGCCACGUGAUAAUUUAUUUAAACAUCUACAUUUGAUGCUUGAUAUAAUAAAAAAAAGGAUUGUACAUUAAUGUGAAUAAACAAUGACUAAGAAAGAAAGUGUUCACGGGAUACUUCACCCAAAAAAUAUAAAAUUCUGUCAUCAUUUACUCACCCUCAUGUUGUUCCAAAACCUUAUGAAUUAUUUCGUGGAACGCAAAAAGAUAUGUUAGGCAAAAUGUUAGCCUCAGUCACCAUUCACUUUCAUUGAAUGGAAAAAACAUGCUAAACAUCUUUGUGUUCCACGGAAGAAAGUAAUAUGGGUUUAGCACAACAUGAGGCUGAGUAAAUGAUGACAGAAUUUAAAGUUUUGUGAAAAAGAUAAGGUGCAUAAUUGAGUGUUAUAAUUAAUUUUGAUCAAAUAGUGAAAUGUGUAAUAUAAUAUAAUAAUGCACUAACUUUUUUUGUUGUCUAGAAGACUUUGGUUGUUUUGAUAAAAUAGGCAUUGGAUAUUUUGGACUGAGCAGUCUUUGAACAUACAGUCAUUGCAAAAUUUCCAGACAUAGAAUUGCAAUCAUCCGUGAUGAUGAUGUCAUACUCAUAGACUAACAGAUGUAUUGUACUUUACACCAUAGAUGAUGCUCAGUGUUGCAUCUCUUGCGUUGUUCCAACUGAAUUCCAUUUAAUUGUGGUCAUCCUAGUUAGCUGUUUAUUCACUGACAAAACAGUGGACUGACGUCUUUCUCUUUAAAAUACGGUCUUGUUAAACACUUGUUUGAUGUUGGAGAAAAAAAGGCUUUGUAAAUAGUGUGUGGUAAUUGUUUUGAUUGUAUAUAGAGAAUGAGGUGUUCUCUUGACUGUCACUGAUUAUCAGUCAAGCAUGAAAUGAUAUUGCAAUUGUGAAUUAUGUGAAUAUUAUUCCGACAUGGCUGUCACGUGCUUGACUGAAUGACAUUUUGAGUGUUCUUUAAUUUUGCAUAUUUUUUUUCCAAAUAACACUAAGUGCUGCAAAUUUUGGAGUGGGCAUAUUUGUUCUUAUUUUGAUAAUUUCUCAUUUCAUCAAACCUUUUAGGUUUUUUGACCAGCUUGGUAAUUCAUUCAUGUAGGGGAGAAUGGGGUAUUAAUCUCUAAUGACCAUCUAUUUAGAAGGGGCCCAUAGUAUAUCGAGGGCCUGUGAUUGAGAGGUGCACAUGAGAAAAGUGAUACACAUCUUUUUAAUGUUAGAGGGGUAGUUAACCCCCAAAAUGUUAAAUUCUCUCAUUUACACAUCCCAAACUUGUGACGUUCUUUUUUCUGCGAAACACAAAGUUAUUUUCAAGAAUUUAUGAGUUGUUCUUGUCCAUACAGAGUUAGUCAAUGAGGUCCAAAACUUUCAAGCUCCAAAAAGAACAUGAAGGCAGCAUUAAAGUAAUCCAUACGACUCUUUUGGUUUAAUCCAUGCCUUCAGAAGCGAUACGAUCCCUUUGGAAGAAAACAGACCAAAAUGUAUGUCCUUUUCCACAAUCCUGGUGUAAUUUGGUGACCGUGGUAUCUUUUAAAAGUAUGCCAAAACACCUCAACUGGCAACUCUAUCAAUUUAACUUGCAUCUGCAUUUUAACUUGUGUCCAGCUGGGUGUGAAAACUGCGAACCUGGCAACACUGUGUCUGGUUUGUAUACAGCACUCUGCGCAUUUGUCAAGCUGGUGGAAGUGUGUGAAUAAGUUUUGGACCCCAUUGACUUACACUGGAUGGACAAAUAAACUCAUAAAUUCUUGAAAAUAUCUUCGUUUGCGUCCCGCUGAAGGAAGUCAUACGAGUUUGGUAUGGCAUUGAGGUGAGAAAAUUAUAAGAAUUUUCAUUUUUGUUGGAACCAUUCCUUUUAAAACGUUUUGUUUUUUUGUUUUUUGCACUUAAAAGUACAAUUUCUACAUAUAUAUUACACAAUGUUGAAAAUUGUUUCACUUCAUCCAAAUAUUUUUAAUAUUUAACCUUGUAUGGCUGGUUUAAAAAAAAUUGAUUAAUGUGCAGCAAAAUAAGACUUUGGAAUAAGUUUUUAUAUUGUAAAUGUAAGAUGUCCAUGUAUUCACCCACUGAUUCAACUUACCCCUAAUAUGGGCAAGUUGUGCCACUGGACUUGAAGUUCUAAUUCUUUGGUCAUAUGUUAUUGGUGCUUUCUUCUAAUUUCAGUUGAUUGCAGACAUCAUGCAACAUGUUCUCUUUGCAUACUAGAUUGACCUCUUUCUAAUUACUCCUUGCCUAGAAGACAAUUAAAGUAUAGAGUGUCACAGCUUACCCCACUCACCCGCAUAUGAAGCACAUUCUCUUCCUCCUCGCCAAGUUACUGUAUAUUGCUUUCUUUUUAACCUCACCAUCCAUUUAAAUCCUUCAUCCUCUGAAUAUUUUAAGAGGGUCAACUGGAAAUACAAACAUAAAAGCAGAAAACCUUGGGCACAGCUGAACAAAGAGCCUGCCACCAGAGUGCAUUGUUUUGCUAAGGGAAAAGCUCAGCUCCUUUUAUUUAUUUACUCACUAUUUUAUUUAUUUAUUUGUUUGGCUAAACCUUUUGUGAGAUGGAUGGGAAGGCAGGCCCCUAGAGAUCAGCGUGGAGAGGAGCUAAGCUUGUGCAUGAGCACAUGAUGCAAAGUGCAUGCGUGACGGACUUUGUGCGAGUAUUUUUUUCGACUUGUUAGUGGUAAUUUGUCUGUGUAUUUGUGCUUAUACUCUGUUUUCUGCUUCAGUUGCUCCUGUUUUAUUUUCUCCAUUUAUUUUUUUGAUUGAAUGGUUUUUGUGUAAAUUAUUUUGCUAAUUUAUUUUGCAAAGAAUCUUAUGUUUGUCUUUUCCCCCCUUUAAUUUAUACUGAUUUGAUCUUUAUUUCUCUUACUCCCUCUUUACAUCUAACCUCGAUGCUCGCUCCCUUUCUUCCCCUGCCACGUUCCUCUGUUGAUGGUUUUGCCAAUCCUAUUUAGGUUUUCAAUUGGAUUGCAGCACAGCCCCUGAUAGCCGACUGGCUUAGCCUCUAAAGCCAGCUUUGAUUUAAGCGCUCUGCCGAGGGAACUCCCUUAAGAUGCCCAAUAAGCUGAUAGAGAAGGGAAAUUGAAACACAAAAGAAGAGGAUAAAUUCCAGUUUUAGGGUACAUGAACAUCUCAUGGAGAAACACCCAGAGAAUGGACACUCUGUACCACAUGGAGAAGUACACCUGUCUAUGCGCAGGUGCUUGGCCACAUUUUAGUAUCUUCUGAUAUUAAAACAAAUUUUGCUGUAAUUGAAGGACUGGAGAAAUGGUUCUUGUUUUAAAUUUUGCCAUCUGAUUUUUUUGGCCCAGUUUGUAGUUCUUUCAUUGUCUGAGCAAAGCUGAUAUCUGUGCUGGAGCAGAUGGGGAGGAAUAAGAGUAUUUGGGUAUUAGGGUUAAGUGAUCUGUCCCUCUUUACCGUCCACCUUGUGCCCAGCAGCCUCCCCCAUCAGUAUUGGAACACUCCUAUCAGCACUCUACAGAAACUGUUGGGUUUUGUUUCUGUUGUCCUUAAUAUCUAUAAUAUUAUUUUCUGAACUGUAUCACAUUUUUUUCAAAUUCAUUUUGCUAAUGAAGUAGAAGAGAAAAAAAGUAAAUGAUGAAAAAGCUUUUGUUUUGGAGUAUUCAGUGAAUGUUGACUUGAAUAAUAAUAAUACAAAUUAUAAUUGGUACUCAUUAGUGGUUAUGGCAAUUAACUCACAAUAUCCCUUAGUCUACAGCUCCAUCUGCUGCCCAGGGAGAAUUAAUCUAUAGAAAUAAAACAAGUAGUUGCAAAUCAGGCUGCAUGCUGGAAACAAAACUUUAGGGGACUGCAUCCUGGUACAAAAGGAAAUUGUGAAAUAUUAAAGGAAUCACUUCAUUAUUAUUUUUGAAUAGCUCUAUUUAUUUUGUAAUGUAAUCUCAAUUUAUAUUUCUUAUUUCAUGUUUUUACAUUUAUCUUUGGCCUUAUUUAUUUGCAAUUAUUAUUUUUAAAUUACAAUCUUUAUUUAUUGAUUAUUUUAUGGAAGUAUUUUAAUGACAGAUGUCUUUUAAAAAAAAAAGCAUGCAGAAUUGCACUAAUUGAAAAGUAAACACAUUGCUUGCAUUUUUUGGGGAUGCAAUUUCAUAUUUUUGUAUAUUUAAGAUGUGUAUAUUUGAAUUGAAAACA